CACUCCUUAUCCAGCUCUUCUUCUUCUUCUUCUUCUUCUUCUUCUUCUUCUUCUUCUUCUCUUCUUCUCUUCUUCUAGUCCCUAUUCUAUUUCUUCCUCGGAUUCAUCUUCUAUUCGCUCUCUCUCUGACGCUAAUUCCACUCCCACUUCCACUACUGCCCACUCACACCUUUGCUCUCCCUUCUUCCCUCUUUUUCUCUCUCUUUCUCACUCUCUCACUUGCUCACUUGCUCACUUGCUCCUAUCCACUCCCUCUCCUUUUCCCCGGUCUUCGUGUUCACCUUGCGUCUAAACCCUCACUUCCAGUCGGGAAAACGCGCGAAAUCCUUUGGGGAAAGCUUCAAUCGCCCCCCCUCCCCUUCCCGUGCGGUCGCAUCGAGCCUAGCUAAUUAGCACCUUCGGUUUCCGACCACCCACGUCUACCACACCUUCACACGACCUUCGCUAUCUUCUCAAAAAUGCCUAACUACGAACUUCGAUCUGGUGGGGAUGUCAAGAACAAGAAGCAGAGUGUUGCCGAUCUAAAGUAUCGUCGCCUGACAGAGCUCAAUGCUCGGCUGAAGGAGGAUCUCGAUCGCCCCCGAGUCAAGGUGUCUGAAGCUGCCAUGUCAUUGAUUAACUACUGCAAUAAUACUCGUGAUUUUAUGGUACCGUCUGUAUGGGGACAGGUUGACAAGCGCGAAGACCCGUAUGCUCCUCAACAACAGGGAGGUUGCUGUACAAUCAUGUAAUGGACUCAUGACCCGGCCUGACACCUUUUAAACUCGAUCGGCUGGCCUGUCACCCUCAGUCCGUUCGCAUUGAUUGAUAUCCGCCAUCGCUACGACCUAUUUUCCCUUCUGCCCUCUAAUUCCGUACCUCCGGAUCUCCCACUUAUUUUUCGAAUGCGCAUCGUUUCG